AUGACGUCAGUAGAGGACGAACGGUCCCCGCGGGCAGGGAGGAAAAGUUCUGGGCCGGUCAGGAGAAAUGUUAGCGAGGUGAAAGGGGGUAGUAAGGGAAAAGAGGUGGUGAUUAGGGUUAGAGGAGAGAGAUGGGGGAGAGGGAGACGCGAAAGGGGGAAAGGAGAAGGUAAAGGAGGCGGAGGGGGGGAACGGAGGGGAGGGGGAGGGGAAAGAAAGAAGAGAGGGGAAAGCGCAGGGGAAAGGGCGCAGGGCGGAGGGAUGAAGGAUCUGAGCGCAGGGGGAACGGAGGGAGAUGGGCGCACGGUUGUUGCGAUGCGCGAGGGCAUGGUUGGGGUUAUGGGUGGGCGCGUGGGUGGGGUAGGAGAGGAAGUGACCAAGGGAAUAGCUGAGGGGCUUAUAGAUGGAUUGGCGGACGGGAUAGCUGAGGGGCUAGGGGGGAGGCGCGCGGAGGGGCGAGGGGAGAGGAUAGCGGAGGGGAGUGCGGAGGGGAGAGCGGAGGGGAGAGUGGAGGGGAGAGUGGAGGGGAGAGUGGAGGGGAGAGUGGAGGGGAGAGUGGAGGGUAGAGUGGAGGGGACAGGGGCGAGACGAGCGGAGGGAGAGGAAUGCAGGCGGGCGAAGGGAGGUGAAAGGAGCUUGAGAGAUAUGGAAGGGAGGAAAGAGAGGGCUGCAGCCGGUACGAUUAGAGUCAGAGCAGUAGGGAGAGGAGGGGGACGAGGAGAGGGUGAUGCUGAGAUGGUGACGGGAGCAGCAGUGGCAGCAGCAGAACAUGCAGCAGCAACAGAAGAAGGGGCAACUGCAGCAAAGGGGCGGGUUCAUAUGCAUGAAAAUGAAGCAGAGGAGUCAAGAGGGGGUGUAGAUGGAUGGGUUGACCUUGUAGCGGAGUAUAUAGGGUGGUCUAUAACGGGGAUGAGGAGGGGAGGGGGAGGGGAUGUGGGAGGAGGGGAGGAGGAGGGAGGAUGGGGCGAGGAGUGGGAGGGAGGGGAGGAGUGGCAGGAGGAGGGGGAAUGGAAGGAAGAGGAGAGGGAAGAGGAUAAGGGGGAAGAAGAGGGGGAAGAGGAGAGAGAAAAAGGGGAGAAGGCAGAGGACGAGGAGAAUAGGGGGAAGAAAGGACGGAAGGAGAUAAUCAGCAGCAAAGGGAAGCAGCAGGGAAAGGAUAAGGAGAAAGAUACCACAGGGAAGCCUGUAACUAGUACAGAUGGUUCCGUGCGAGCUGUAACUUCCUCGAAACCCUCAGAUGUACAUACAGACCCAUCUGAACCCAUGGGUAUUCCAGGAAAUGAGAGUGAUCCCCUAGGAGGGUACGCGGAUUCCAUGGAAGAGGGAACGGGCACAGACCCGCUGGGCGGGUACAUAGACCCCCUGGCGCAGUACAUGCUGUGGUCUGGCGUGGGCCUGGCGGGCGAGGGGCGAGGGGAGGAGGGGGAAGACACGGGGAAGGGGAUGGGGGAGGAGGUGGGGGAGGAUGCGGGGCAGGCGGAGGUAGGGGGAGAUGUAGGGGGGGCGGUGGGGGAAGGUGUAGGGGGAGAGGAUGGAGGAAAGGUAGGUGAAAAAGAGGGGGAUGAGACGGGGGAAGAGGAGGUGGGGAAAGAGGGGAUGGAGAGAAAUGAGGGGAGAACAGGGGGUGAGAGAGAGGAGGAUAGGAGAGAGGAGGAUAGGAGAGAGGAGGAGGGGAAGCAAGAGGAGGGGAGAGGGGAGAAGCAAGUUAGGGAAGGGUGGGAUAUGAGGGAGGUUGGAGGGGAGAGGGAGGGGGCCGGAGGGAAGGAGGAGGAGGAAGAGGAGAGAGAGGGGGGUGGUGUUGAGGGGCAGCGUGGUGGUGGCAGGGAGGACAACGCGAAUGAAGAGGGUAAUGAGACGAAUGAAAAGAGUGGGAAUAGCAAUGAUAAUGAGAAAAACGAGGGAAAUGAGAAUAAUGAGAAGAACGAGAAUAAUGAGAGUGAUAAGGAGAAGGAGAAUAAUGAGAGUGAUAAGGAGAAGGAGAAUAAGGAGGCGAGAGAGGAUGAGGAUGUGGUGGAAGUGCCUGAAACGGAAACGGGAGAGGGUGGUAAGGGAGGAGUGGAGGUGGGUGAUGGGAGAAGGGGGAGGGAAGGUGAGGGUACGGGGCUUGACUGUGUGGAGAGUGACGUUGAAGGGUGUGGGGCUGUAGAGAGGAGUGUUGAGGCUAGGAAUGGUGAGGGAAGGGCUGGUGAUGGGAAGGAUGGUGAACGGAGGGAUGUCGAGGAGAGAAAAGCAAGGCGAGGGGCGGGUGGAGGGAGACGAGGGCGCGUUGGAGAGAAGGGCAGGAGCGGAAGGGAGAAGGGAAACAUGAAGAAGGUCAAAAGGGAGGGAAAGAGGAGUCGGAGAGGAACAGAGAAAGCGAGGGGGCAUGAGGAGGAGGGAGAGAAGGGAGGGGAGAGGGAGGAGGAAGAGGGGGAAGAGGUGGAGGAGGAUGAAAGGGUGGAGGAAGAAGAGAAGGAGGAGGAGAAGGUGGGGGAAGAAGAGGUGAAGGGCAAAAAGAGGGGACGAAAACGGAGUAAGCACGAGGAGAGGGAUGAUGAGGGGGAUGUAGGUGGGAAGGAGGAUGAGGAUGAGGAGGACGUGGAGGAGAUAAAGGUAGAAUAUAUACAGGAGGGCGAGAGCACGAGGAAUAAGAGGAAACACAAGGAGAGGCAGGGAGGAGAAAAGGAGGAGGGGAGAAAGAGGACAAAGUACCAGAAAGAAGAGGAGAAAGAAAAGGAGGAGGAUUCGGGAGAGGAGGAGGAGAGUGAGGAGGAGGAUGGGGAGCAGGGCAGGGGGGGAAAGAGGUACAAGGCGAAGGAGAAACGGUAUGAGUGUGGGCAGUGUGGCAUGGCGUUUACUCGGCCGGCGUAUGUGCGGCAACACAUGGCCUCACACUCCAAUCAGCAGAAAUCCUUUGUGUGCCCGCAUGAGGACUGCCGAAGGGCGUUCGGGAGGAAGUACCACCUGCAGCGACACAUGCAGUCGCAUGCUCCUCACCGGUUUCCCUGUCCACACCCGCAAUGCUCUCAGACGUUCAGCCUGCACGCCAGCAUGCAGCGGCACGUGAGGGAGCAGCACUGGGAGGAGGAGGGCAUCAAAGACCGGCUUGAUCGAGUGAAUAGGGAGAUCAAGGGGAAGCAGCAGGAGCAGGGGGGGAUUGGGGACCAGCUGCGAAGAGUGAAGAGAGAGAGUAAGGGAGGGGAUGCGGAGCAUAAGGUUCAGGGGAAGGAGGAGGGGCCGCAGAAGAGCGGGCAGCAGAAGGGACAGGAGAAGGCAGAGGAGAAAACAGAGGAGAAAGUGCAAAGGGCACAGGAGAAAGCGCAAAAAGUACAGGAGAAAGCAGAGAAAGCACAGGAGAAAACGCAGAAAGAACAGGACAUAAUACAGGAGAGAAUGAAGGAGAAAACACAAGAGAAGACAUGCGAGAGGGCAGCAGAAGCAACAGGAGGGAGAAGAGGAGGGGGGAAGGAGAGGUUAGGUCGGAAAGAGGAGAGGAGAGGAGGGGAAGAGGAUUGGAGAAUGGAGGAGGAGGAGCAGAGAGGACGGGAAGAGAGGAGGGCAGGAGAGGAGGAGAGGAUAGGAGGGGAGGAGGAAAGGAGAGGGGGGGAGGAGAAGAGAGGAGGGGAGGUGCAGAGGAGAGAAGGGGAGGAGGAGAGGAGAGGAGGGGAGUUGGGGGAGGGAGGAGGUGAGGAGGAGAGAAAAUUGGGCGACAAGGGAGCUGGAACGGAGUCGUGUGUGGUUAAGAGUGGUGAGGAGCUGUGUGAUACUGAAAUGCGUGAUGCUGAAUUGUUUCAUACUGCUGAAGCAGACAGGCAAGAUCUUGCUGACGUGGAAGAGGAUAACAGAGAGAUCCUUGCGACCAAUGGGAGUAGGGAGGCGGUGCAAGGGAUGCACGGCCAUUUGAAGCAACAGAAGCGGCACCUGAAGAAACACCUGGAGGUUGAUGAUUAUCACCUGGAGAGGCACCUGAAUGAGAAGGAGCAGCCUGCUUUGGAGGUGGAAAUUCAGCUGAAGCAACAGAAGGAAAACCUGAGGGCAAUGAGGGAGCACCUGAGGCGGAAUGCGAUUCUCCUGAAGGAGGAGGAGGAAUUCCUGAGGCAGCAGCAGGAGCACCUGAGGCAACAGAGGGAGCACCUGAAACAACAGAACGAGGACCUGAGGCAACGGGAGGAGCAACUUGCAAUGCAAGAGCAGUGCUUGGGGGAAAACCUGAGGGGGGAGCACCUGGGGGGCGACCUGAAGGGGGACCUAAGGGGGAAGCACGUGGCGGGGAAUGGGUUGCUGCUGCUGCGGGAUGCUGUAUGCUUGUGCUCUGCUGCUGCCACUGCUUCUGUGGGGACGACUGGAGGUGGUGUGGCAGCUGGUGGUGGCGACGUGGCAGCGGCUGAUGCUGAUGUGGCACAGGCUGUUGUUGAUGUGGCAGGUGCUGAUGAUGAUGUGGCAGAAGCUGUCGGUGAGGUAACUGCAACCGACGCUGUUGCAAUGGCGACCGGCGGUACGAGUGGGGCCGGUGGGGGGGCUGGUGGUGUGGCUGGUGGGAGCGCAAGAGGUGGUGUGAGGAUUAAGGAGGGCGUGAGGGAAGUGGAGGGGGGGAUGACGCGAGGAGAAGGAGGGGGAGGCGGUCACGGGAAGGUGGAGGUUGGCAAAGGAGCAAUGGCAUCAGAGGAGGCAUCAGGGGGGUUAAAGAAGAGCAUGAGGUGGAGCAUCAUCCAUCCCACGCAUGCAAGGUGGAUGGGUGCAGCAAAACGUUCAGCUCUAGCAGCCCAGCAACCUAAGAACGCACUUCAGGGCGUGCCCCCAGAAGGACCAUCCCUUCGCCUGCUCCGUCCCCGGCUGCUCCCAGCAGUUCGCAUACAAAGUGAACCUUACGAGGCACAUAGCUGCCAUACACGAGAUUACGCCCGCACAGAAUGUGGUGGAGCGGGAUGA